CGCUUUCUCUUACCAUCCACGACACCGAACAUCACGUCACGUACAAGCUCGCAGCCAGAUGGCCGGCAUGUGUGCCCGAAAUAUGUAGGUCAGUUUGCGUAUCUUGACUGGCUAGCAGCUGUCUCUGUACUCCCAACUCCACCAGCAUACUUUCAUUCGUGCGCUUCUCCAGGAUACUACUACUAGUACUAGUCUGAGCAGACGUCGGUAGCACCACAUCAAGUUCUGCUGCCUGUAUUCGUCGUAGAUCAUUAUACAUGUUAUAGACAGUACUGCAUUAUUAUCCGACGAGGGCAAGGGUUGUGGCAGACUGCUGGAGUGGCGAAUACACCAAUCUGAAUCAUUGUGCGUGGUCACUGAUACUGGGUGACUUCUAAAGAAACGGCCGCUGUGAAUGUCCAGUUUUCCGUCUCUCCUGCUGUAGUCUACCAGUAUACAUCACGGUUCUAGUCGAGAACUGCGAAAAACGCCGCGAGUGAAGAGUCACGCGCAGUACCGAAUCAUCCUCGUCAUCACCUGGCUUACUGCCACGUCCGCGUGCCUUCCGAACGGCAGGCUCACAGGUACAAUGGCCAUCACGUCCUAAAUAAUUGACGAUAUCAACAAUCUGGUGAGCAUACUAUCAACACAUUGAUGAUCAUCACAUCAAACAGUGCCUGCAGUAGCUGCAGUGAUUGACAAUGUCACAGUCAGAAGACCCAUUCAAGCAUACGGAUUUCUUAUCCAACAUACUACUAUGGAUCGGUAAAUUGGAUGCUGACCAAUUUCGACGUGCCGUGCAGAGCAAGGGCUUCUUCACUGAUGUAGCACAACUACAGGAGCUGCAGCGCGUAAAGAAGUACGAAGGAAAUGAAGCUCACAACUCUUAUAUCAUUAACAUUAUCCAACCAGGAGGCAAUCUUGCCUACAGUCUUCUCUGCGAUGCAAUCCAUGGAAUGUCUCCACUGUACGACAACAUGUACCGGAAGAUGAUUCUCCUACUGCCCGAAGACCAGCGAGGAACUACUGACGUUCAUGUUGCUACUACGCCUGCAGCCAACAACACAGCUACUAAUGUGACAGUGACACGUUAUACACUGGCAAGGAAUGAUGAUGGAGCAGACAUUGGUGGACACGUUCAACGUCUUAAACAACACCUGAACAGAGUGAAUACACGUCUGUGCAAGACAACCGCUGAUCAUUCAGAUCUAACUUGCUUGUCCGGCGAUGUCAAGGAUUGCUUCGUGCCCAUGCAGGCUCUGACGGAGAAAGAUGCUUUGCAGCUGACGUAUCGUGCGCAACAAGCUGCAACUCGCCGUGUCACUGGAAGACAGCCAAUAUCUGACCGUACACCAGGCGUUGCUAUCCCAGGAGCUAGACAAGAUAAGAGUGACAAAGUGGAAGGAGGAAGGCAGUUUGUUCUGUCCAGCGCUAAGCAGCUCUUGUCUGAUCCCCAUUAUUAUGAAGGUGUAACAAGCGGUGGCAAAAGUUGUGCUGGUGUUGGUGGUGGUGAUGACACAGUUGACGAAGACAUUCUGGAAAGUUGCAUCGUAAUUGGGAACGCUGGGCAGGGAAAGACAACACUGAGCAAACGAGUCAUAGCCGACGUCAUGGAGACAACGACUGGGAAUCUGGCAAAGAUUGAAUUCAUUUUCUAUGUGCCAUGCCGUGAUUUGAAACGUAUAAAGUCAGCCGAUUGGUGUGUAUUUCUGGAAUUGGACCAUUUGCGCAUCAGUACAGGGGCUCAAUCUACCUUGCUCAACUACCUCUCUGAGCAUUCCGACCAAGUAUUGAUCGUUAUCGAUGGCAUCGACGAACUUGGCAAAGAUGGGUUUGGGAACAAAUCAGUAGCCCGAACUGUAAUAGUGAGGAGCAGCAGCAGUAACCAUUCACUACUACCUGAUGCUAUCGUUAUUGCAACUAGCCGACCGUGUGCUGAAGUGUAUCAUCACAUCCAGCAUUUCUCCUUGCGUUUCCGACUUCUCGGCUUCUCAGCAGACCAGCUCUUUGCGUACUGCUCACGACAGCUCGGAGAGGAGGCUGCCAAGAAGUGUAUGGAAGAGCUUUCCCAACGGACCAACUGUCUGCUGAAGGAAGCCAUUCGACAAUCCCCACUCCUAUGUGCUCUGCUCGUUCAGCAAUAUCCCAUCAACAACUCUCUACCCUCCAGUGUGACACUUUUCUACGACCACUACUUACGCUCCUCGGUCGCAAAGCUGGAAAAGCGACGAGAAAAGAAGUUUGGUCAAGUACGGCUUUCGCAUGACGUCAUCAGUCACUGCAGUGGUGGCCGACACUUCAGUUGUGGUGAUCUUGUCAGUAUCCCCGUGGUAAUAGAGCAUCAUUUGGAGCGCUAUGUGAAGGAAACAAGCAUCAAUGAUGAGGAAUGUGAUCACCAUGCUGUGGAGCUUGUCAAGGCAUUGCACAACCUCUGCACAAUGUGUCUUGCAACAUAUCAAAGGGGCAUGGCUACGUUUACAUCCACGCUGUCAACCCUCCACCAGUCCCUUUGUCAAGAUCUCGGCUUACUGCUCAACCCUGGUAUGCAUCCGUCGGCCGUCGGUUCCACACAGACUGUGUCCUUGACUCACUUGACACUGCAAGAGUGGUGUGCAUCGAGAUGCAUCAUUUCUUCUGACUCGUGCGUAGACAUCAUCCGCAGCUGCAUCAAAACUGUCGGCACAGACUUGAACACACUUGUCUUCUGGCAGUUUGUCUUCGGAGCACUGAAGCCAGACAUUCUAUUUUCAUCUUUGCUGGCUCUGAAGUCUGAAAACAGCGUCAGGGAUCACGUUGCCAAGAGCAAGAAGAAGAUGCUUCUGUUCAUGAUGAGAUGUUUGAUGGAAAACCGCAUUUCACUCCAACAUAACCGCGCUCUGGGAAAUCCCAAUCAGAACACGGACAUAGUCACCCAUAGCUGCUAUGCUAUGUCAGCCAACCUCCUGGCAGGGGAUGGAAUUGAUGUUAGGGGAAUCCACCUUGCAGUUGUUGAUGUGAUGGCUCUACAUACUGUUUUGGAACUUGUUGACCAUGUUAAGUCUCUGGAUCUCAGCAUUUGUGAUCUGUCAAGUGACAGUGUCAUUUUGCUGUCUAGCCAACUGGAUAAAUGCGUCAAGGUUAAUUUGCGUCAGGCCAAUCUCACUGAAGCAGCAUUGGCAAGCAUAUCAAGCACACUGUCUAGAUCAACACGGCGUACCCUCCAGCUUCUUGACAUUAACCACACAAAGUUGACCAGUGGAUCUGCAGAUGGAGCAGCACUUGCUGGAUGUGUAAAACACCAAAGUCUAAUGCAACUGGGUGCUGCUGAUACUCAGCUCGGUGAUGAUGGUUUGGCUGCAUUUGUGAGCAACUUGGCUCCAUGUUGUCAUCUCAAACAGCUAAUGCUGGGACUGUGCAGUCUGGAUAGUGGAUGUGGCUCCGACUUGGCAACACUGGUCACAAAGCUGCCAAACCUGUGCAGUCUAUGGCUGAAUGACAACUUACUCUCCAACAGUGACGUGUCAUGUGUACUAUCCAGUCUCCAUUCCCAUGAUUCCAUACAGCAUCUUCACUUUCAGAACAACAGACUGACUGAUGAGCUAGCCGCUAGUGUUGUUGACUUUCUGCAAGCUCGUCGCGGUCGUGAGCACACUGGGAGUGUCAGCGCAAAAUUACCACAAUGCAGGGUGUAUCUGAACGGCACUGGUGUAACAAUCCGUCUUCUACAGGAAGUGGCUACGUCUAAUCAAUGUGGUAAUGACAAAAUCAGCAUUGGCAGCUGCUGUGCUACUGGUACUUCAGUGCAGACUAGGUCAAUUGAUGAUCUGGUCAGUUCUUAUGGUGGCAAUUUUCCAGGCCAUGUUGAUGACUUCAUGAUGGCAUCACUUGGUCAGUACCUUGCUACCAACACUGGGCUAGACAAACUGAACAUAGCACAGUGUAACAUCACGGAUACUGGAGCAACUGCUCUGGCAACAUCUGGCCUUGCUCACAACACAGUGCUGAAAUACCUUGCUCUGGACAGCAAUAGGAUACAGCUAUCUGGUGUUGUGAGUAUUCUACAAGCAGUGACAUCACCACAGUCACAUGUCAGUGCAUUGGUUCUGCAGCGCAACCCAGUGUUUAGUGGUGUACAGCCCAGUCAUGCUGAUUGCAGACUGCUAUGCCAGCUUCUUUCUAGAUUCCACCGGCUGUGCUUCAUUUCAUUUGGCGCGACGGGCAUGAGUGAUGAAGUUGGUGCAAGUAUCCUACACUCUCUCCAUCACCAUACACGUAUUGAGUGGAUGGAUGUGGCAGGCAAUGAGAUUGGUAAUGCCACAGUGCAUGCCCUGGUGGAUAUGAUGCGGAAGAACGCAAGCUUGAGAUUGAUCUGCCUCGAGAACUGCAAGAUCACCGAUGAUGGCAUUCAAGCCAUGCUCAAGUCACCAGGAAUCAUGGGGAUGGAGGGUGUACACUUGUACGGGAACCCAUGCUCUAUGGACAAACUUCAACCUCCACUGCACAAUUCCGAGCUCAAUUAUAGCAGCUCUACUAUCCUGGAGUUCAUCUCGGAUUGAUUGCAGGAAGACGUUGCACAACAUCAGCAUAUUCCCAGUACACGGUGUUCUUUGCAAGCCUUGUAUCACUUCCAGCCGUUGCUGAAGGAGUAGGCAAGGACAGAGCUGACGUAAAGUUCAAGUUUGAUCUACCGACCAACAGUCAAUGAUUGCACAACUUCCAGAAUGGUGUACAUGCAGACAGCAAUUUCAGCUAUCCAUGUACCUGGUGUGUUAUCCAGUGACAUCUCUGUGUGUGUGUGUGUGUAUGUGUAUAUAUGUGCGUGCGUAUGUGUUCUCGUGUGAGGGUGUGUGCGUGUGAGGGUGUGUGUGAGUAAGGGUGAUUGCGUGUGUGUAUGUGUGUGUGAGUGUGUGUGUGUGUGUGUGUGUGUGUGUGUGUGUGUGUGUGUGUGUGUGUGUGUGUGUGUGUGCAUGUGUGUAAGCCGUGCAGCACACAUCACACUGAGUAUUGAAUUCACUUGAGUACAAUGUAAUUUGUGUGUGUACUGUGUGUUCACUGAUUGUAUCGUGUAGCAUGCAUGACUCUGCUGAAGAAACAGUUCAAUCAUCAGUUUUCUGGUUAUUCUAGGAUUUACGGAUAUGUUAGGUUCACGAUUUCAUGUAUGCACGCACUCGCACACCAAUGACCUCUCUCCCAUAUAUGCACGUACACAUGCACUCAUACACACAUUACUGCAUGCACCCUUUUCCGUUCCCGCUUCUCGGAUACGCUACGACUUCUUGAUCCCGCACUCUCCCUUUUCCGCAUUACCGUAUAAUUCCUUUUGGCCUGGGUACUAGUAGCUGCAUUCGCGCUCUCGUACAUUCAUUGCCAUAGCUACCCAGGCCCUUGAUAACCUCGUGUCUCAUCCUUUCGUUCUCUCUCAUUCCCAUCAUCUCGAGUCCCUCGUGCAAACAA